AUGUUCGGUGACAAGGAUAAUUCGAAACCUGACAAGAGAACUAGUGCUUGUUCGAUGUUAGGAUACUCGUCUUCUUGUUUCCAAACAGCCGGUGAAUUCCGAGCGGGAUUACGGUUUAAGAUAACGGCGAUGGCGCAGGGUAGUCACCGGAAAUCGAAGAACCCUAGAAUCUUAUGCCUUCACGGAUUCAGAACUAGCGGUCGGAUUCUCCGCGCGAUUAUAUUAAAUAAAUGGCCGGAGACAGUUCUCCGAAAUCUCGAUCUUGAUUUCCUUGACGCUCCUUUCCCGGCCACCGGCAAAUCGGACGUCGAGCGUUUCUUUGAUCCACCUUAUUACGAGUGGUAUCAAGCUAACAAGGAGUUGAAGGAAUACAAGAAUUUUGAAGAGUGUUUGGCUUAUGUAGAGGACUACAUGAUAAAGAAUGGACCUUUUGAUGGUCUUCUUGGUUUUUCUCAGGGAGCUUUUCUUACUGCGGCUAUUCCCGGAAUGCAGGAACAGGGAACAGCUCUAACUAAGGUGCCAAAAGUCAAGUUUUUGGUGAUAAUAUCCGGAGCAAAACUUCCAGGUUUAAUCUUUGGGGAGCCUAAAGCUGCUGUUAAUGCAUUCUCAUCUCCAGUUCGUUGCCCUUCACUCCACUUCAUAGGUGAGAGGGAUUUCCUGAAGACAGAAGGUGAAGCUCUUGUGAAAUCAUUUGUAGAGCCAGUGGUGAUCCGUCAUACAAGUGCACACACUAUACCGAAACUUGAUACUAUAGCUGGGGAGACGGUGUUGAGCUUCUUCGAGAAGAUUAAGCAGAUGCUACCUGAGGAAACAGGUCAUGUAAGAAGAAGCUUGAUGUGAUUGAGAGCUGCUCCUAUGGGUUCCUAUUAGAUAAAAUGAUCUUGAAAUGAUAAACUGAGUUGUGAAAUGUGAUUAUUCUGCUGGAUUUGUCUGUCUGGUUUAGUCUUUGAUCCAGGACACAACUCAAUAAAAGUCAUGAUUAAAUUUA